AGUUUACUGUGGGGAACACCUAGGAAUUCCGACUUUGAGAAGGUCCCCCUAAUAUUUUUAAUAACUGACUGUUCUAAUGGCGUUAUGUAUGCAAUUUGUUAUAACCUACAUAAAUUGGGAAGAAAAAAAAGCUGAAUCUGAGAAAACUACAGAAGCGCCUGAUCCUGUUACGCCCGAUAUUCUAGAGGCAGACGACACAAUUCUUGAUACUCCAACACAGAAUCCUCCAGUUGAGGACUGGAUAAAUUCAUCAGAUCCCUCAUGUCCAGCUACGAUCUCAGCCACCCAGUCCAUAUCGUCAUUUAAUGGUUCCAGGUGUGCUAGCCAUACAAGUUUAGAUUGUUCAGAAAAAUUAUUAGAGCCUGUUUUAAAGACAUCAGUUUCGAAAUUGAAAUUAGAAGAGGCAAUUAUUAAAGAAGUGAGCAAGUUAAAGGAAAAAGAAAAUGGAGAAAUAUCUCCAGACGAUAAAUUAAAAACUGUUAAAUUUUUUUCAUUUCAAGAGAGACUAAGAAUUAUACUUAAAGAAAAUGGAAUUACUUCCUCCUUCAGAGUAACAUCGCAUUUGGAUCAAGUGCCCUACAUUCAAGAAUCAUUUCUAGUACCUGUAAUAGGAACUAAAGUAGAUGACGUAUAUUACGAGUUGCAAAAUAUAGGCUUUGGAAAAUUAAGUGGAACAAGUAUAAGUGUAUUUUCCCCCUUUCUGCACGAAAGUUGUUUAAAUGAUGGAAAAGUUGAAGAUAAUAAUGAAGAAACUGAAAAUACUAUUAAUUCAGAAGAAUGCGCUCCAACAUUUACUGCAGGAGAGCCGGUUGCACCUCUUCAGUUGGAUGAAAAGACAAAUGACGAAGAGGGAAUACUUUUAAAAGAUAUGUCUGCUAUAUCACAAAAAGAAACACCUACAGAGCAAAAUGAAAUUUUAAAAACAUCUUCCAAUUGUAUAAUAUUCGCCCAAGUAGUUAAUGAUAUGGCCUCCAAAGUCGCUCUUACUUCAGAUUGUAUUUGUUUGAUUGUUUUAGCAAGUAUAAUAGCUGCUAUAGGCCUGAUAGAGAAUAGUAGUGUUGUUCUGGUAGCUAGUAUGCUAGUGUCACCUCUUAUGAGUCCAAUCCUUGGUGGGACGUUUUGUACUGUAAUAGGAAAAUGGGAUCUCGUAAAAGAAGCUAUAUUUAAUGCCAUACUGCUUUUACUCAUUUGUAUUUUAACCGGAUUUAUUUGUGGAGUUCCCACGGCCUUCAUUAAUCAGAACGGAGUGAAUACAGGUACUGAUUCAUGGCCAUCAGCAGAAAUGACUAAUAGGGGAUUAUUACGAGGAUUAUGGAUUGGAGCGUUCAUUGCCAUACCAUCAGGCGUGGGGGUUGCCGUUUCCAGUCUUAGUGCUAAUAUAAGCAGCCUGGUUGGAGUUGCUAUAUCGGCAUCAUUACUUCCUCCAGCAGUCAAUUGUGGUAUGCUUUGGGCAAGUACCAUCGUCUAUAAUUUUAAGUCUCCGCUUGUGAAUGAAACAGAUUUGAGAUUAACUAAUUCCACAGAAAUGCUAAAUUCAUCAAUUUCAAGUCCAACUAAUUUGGAAUGCAGUUCCUUAAUCAAUAAUAAUUAUAAAACAACUUACACCUGUAACCUCACGAAUGAUCUAGCAAUAUUGGGAACAAUAAGUCUACUUUUGACAUUUGUUAACAUUAUCUGCAUCUGUUUAUCGGCUGUAUUCGUCUUUUUCUUGAAAGGCGUUACCAUCUGUAAUAGAGAUCAUCAUGUAGCAAAGGAGACUAUUUUCAAUAAACCAACUAUAGCAUUUGCUAGAGAAUAUAAUAAAACAAUUAAGAAAGGUAGAAAUUGGGAAUUAGAACUUGUUGCAAAGAGUUUAACAGAGAAGAAUAAAGUUGCCACAUUCGAUAUUUACGAGAACUUGCUAAAAAGUGGACACCCAGUGGCGGCCAACGUUGUAGCAUCAAAUAUUGAAUCUGCAGUCCCAACGGAUGAUAUACUUCAUCCACAAUAUUAUGAAACUCUUGGUUUACACAGCCUAUUUGAAGGGCGGCAGCUCCGUCGAAUAGUAUCUGUUGAACAAAGUGAACACCUUCCAAAAAUAUCAUCGGCAGGUCGUUUUGUGGUUUUACGACAAGAUUCAAAAAAUAUAUCGGACAGUUUAAAAUCACAGCCGAAAAUUAGUAAAGUUGAGGCAAAAAUAUUGAAUAACUUUUUACCCUCUAAGCAAACAGUAAGUUCAUAUACAGACAAAGAAACUAGCGAAAGUAUUGUAUAAAUAUAAGAAAUUAAAAGAAAAAUAAUUAAGUUAAAGCAUAUUUCUAUCCUAAAGAAUAAGGAACCCUUCUUUCUAACGUCUCAUCAAAAUAAUUCUAUGGCGUAAGUAUGGCUUACCUACUGAAUGAUGUAUGAAAGAAAGAAUUAUGAUUAUUACGGCUUUAGAUGUAGUAUAAAUAUCUCUCUUUUUCUAUAAAAAAAAAAAAAGCAGAGAAAAAGCAUGGGGAAAAGGGAAAAGGGGUGAAAGGGAUAUAGGUAAGGGUCGGGAGGUAAGGCAAAUAGUUAUAAACAUAGCAUAAAGUGCAAAUGAUCUAAAUGCCUUAGAUACGUUAAUUUUGCUUAUUGGCUGAACUUCAAUACUUGUUGGCUUUGUUUAAAAAAAACAAAAAGAAUAUUAAGCUAAUGUACAAUGUACAUAAUGUAGUAUUAUCUAAUAAAUAUAAUUGACAAUAUGAAAUGCAGUGUUUAUUAUUUCGGUGAAAUAAAAACGAAAAUAUAAUAAAAUAAUAAACUACAAAGAAAAUUAUUGUAUUGUUUAUUCAAUUGUUAUUAUUCGGUUUUUGCACAUAAUUUAUAUUUCUCAUUAUACUAUUAUAUAAUU